AUGGUCAGCAAUACUGUUCACCCUAAGUACAAGCUCUCAGUUGUUUCGGGGGGGAGACCGCAGAUUCCUAGGGUCAGCAACCGCUCCAGUUCGCAGAAGACGGUGACCAGGCUGACGCAUGACAGGGAGAACUACAUCAUACCGUUCAACAACCAGCUGAAGAUAUAUGCGAUCGAGACGCGACAGUGCGUGAAGACAGUGAAGUACGGGAACAGCGCUGUGCUGGGCGAAGUGUUCGGGCGGGACGAUGGGACAUCGGUGGUGCACAUCGCGCUGGGCGACGCGUCCGGGGAGGCGGAGCACGACGACGACAAGCUGACGCUGUUCUCGAGCCGGGGGCACGCGGUGGUGGUGAACUACCGGGGCAAGCUGGUGGACGAGCCCAAGCAGUGGACGCUCGGUGUCAGCGACGGCGAGGCGGUGCUGAAGGUCUUCGAGAACGCGCAGGGUGCGGUGUGCAGGGUCCUGACGAUCGCCGAGGCCUCUUCGGGGACACACACAUACAGGCUAUAUGCCUACCAGUCCGGCCAGCUGGAGCAGCUGCGGGUGUUUGAGGAGGUGCUGCUUUCCACGUGGUCGAGCAACGAUGCACACCUGGCUGUGCUUGUGCGGGACUCCGAGGGAAAGAAACGGCUGGUGGUCGAGCCUCUUACGGAGGAGGGUGCGCAGCACUCGCUGCCGCUGCCUGUAUCGAACUUGGCUGCUUCGUCGAAUGCCAGUUUUGUGACGUCGAUGGCUCUCGACAACGCAGGCCAGCAGGUUGCCGUGGGCUUUGCCUCGGGCGUGAUAACCUUGAUAAACGUCUCUGACGGUAGCUCGAGACUGCUGAAGUGGCAUAUCGACGCCGUAUUGGCCAUGUCUUUCAGUGUGGAUGAUACGUAUCUAAUAUCGGGGGGCUGGGAAAAGGUGGUGAGUUUCUGGCAGCUAUCUACCAACCUCCAGCAGUUCUUGCCACGUCUGAAUGGUGUAAUUUUGGACUGUUGCGCUCUAGAUGAGAAGUACUUCUCCUUGGCGCUCCAGAUGACAGAGAACACAUCUAAUACGGACUACCAGUUUCUGAUUUUGAGCUUUACAGAUCUUAACUCCAGGCUGGCAAUCAACGGUCCUCUUCCCGUUUUCCACUCUGCGGUGAGCGAUGUCGUCCAGCCACUGUCUGCGCUAAGCACGAAGACCUCUAUUUCGAGCUCCAAGAUCCACAGCUCCAAAAAGAAGCAUUUGAGGAAGCUUCUAAAGAGCAAAAGACAAGAUUUUACUUGCUCGUUCUCUGUUAAUCCCUUGACAAAGCAUCUCUAUUUCCCACACAACUCGGCAGUUCAAAUUUACGACUUCUACAAAAACGAACAGGUCUCUUACCAAUAUAUAUCCUCUGGUAUCAACAAUGCUAUGGGUAAGGUCAGGGAUGAGCUGAACCUACAGGAUCCGGUGGUACAUAGGGUUCAGUUCACCAGGGAUGGCCUGUGGAUGGUGACCUACGAGGUUGAAUCGCAGCCCGAGGGCUUGCUGUCGUCUAAAGAUGUGCACCACAUUCUAAAGUUUUGGAGCUGUGAAUCCGAUGGAGAAUGGCAACUAAAGACUAAAAUAAUAAAUCCGCAUGGGAUGAGUGUCCCAGUCACAGACAUUGUGGUCGCCCCAUUUACCGUCAAUGACUCUCAAGGAUGCAUAACAGCUGAUAACAACGGCGGCCUGAAGUACUGGUGCUUCGACAAGAAGGAGAACAACUGGUGCCUGCUAAAAAUGUUACUCCCGAACUUUAACCAUUUCAGUAACAACGUUGCGGUCGCCUGGUCACGCGAUGGCUCACUUCUAUUCCACGCUUUUGACGAUAAAGUCUCUAUCAUCGAUUUUAAUCUAUUCAAGGUCUUUGAAAGCGCCGGUAGCAGAGGAUUAUCAACGAUUUCGUUAGACGCUCCUAUACAAUAUUUGAGCUUUGUUAACGACGUAACGCUCAUCGUCGUAACAAAAAUAACGUUGCAGUUUUUCAAUCUUCUGACCGGGCAAUACAAAGGCAGCUUUGACGUUUACCCGUACGUCAACGGCACCUACAAGCCAGGCCACCUUCAUAGGUUGGUAUCAUGCGAUGAAAAAACAGGCAGGGUAGCAUUUGUUGUGAAUCAACAGGAGAAGGAUUCAAACGGAAAUCCCACAUCAUCUUACCGCUCGCGCGUUUUGAUUUUCAAUCCAGACCUUUCAGAAAGGCUAGGUACUUUUGAACACGACGAGUACAUCUCCUGCAUUUCUUGGAACAACGAUACCGAUUUCAUUUUCAUUGACACAAAUUGCAAGCUGGGAAUCGUUAGCACGACGACUAGCUCCGAAAUGAUGGAGGAGGUGAACGUGGACAGCGGGUUCGAUGCUUUAUCAGCUUCUUCGACGGAUUUCGAGAAACAAUUGCGCGAUCUGUCCAAGCACACUGAAAAUACCCCAUCUCCUGAUGAGAAUGAAGCCGACCUCAAGCUGGAAUUUAUUAAUGGCCAGCAGAUUAACAGGCUCAUCAAUAUGAACAGCUUCACAAGCAUGUUUGAAAACAUUGAUAACAUUAAACUAGAUACCUUAUUUGAUCGUGUUAUGAAGGUUAUAUCAUAG